AUUACGGCAUUUUUUACGUUUUUGCUCUCGGAAUUGUGGACCAACAAGUGAAAUGGAAAGUUUCGCCAUCCCGUUCGAUAAAGUGGCCGGCGGUAAAUCUGAUCUCGUGGCAGCCGUCGUGAAAAUUGCGCAGGAGGUGAAGUUGUCGGCAGCUCCAUCAGCAAAGGAACACCAGCUGCUGGAGGCAAUUCUGGAAUCUUUGGUCGAGUGGAAACGGCGCAUACAGGUAGACUGCCAAACGAAAGCCAAAAAUCCAUUCGAAACAGCCGAUGCACUCGAGCAAGUACAGCAAGGAAUCAACUUGUGUUUGUUGAAACUCCAUACUAUCAACGAAUUGUUGCCAUCGAAUGCUGCCAUCAACUGGCCAGAAAAAGCACCCGAAUCCGGAAAAGUACAGACAGUUAAGCAGCUACUGUACAUCGCAGAAAUCCGUCAAGAUAAUCCCGGAACAGCACCAUCGAAAGGAAAGACAGUACCAGUAUUUGCCACCGAUGAAGCGUUUGGAGUUUGCAGAAGAGCAGCAGUUAUGUUUCAACUGUUUUCAUCACCGUCAUGA